AUGGCAAAGCGUAGCGAAAAGACUGAAGGGGCCAACAAGUCGGGGCGGAGGCGAGGGCCGGGCUCAGACGCAGAGGGCGCGGAGGACAGCGGAACGCGGAGGUACUCACUGUGGAACUUCUGGGUGGCCAGCACGGCGCUGAAGCUGCUGCUGAUGCCGGGGUACUACAGCACGGACUUCGAGGUGCACCGCAAUUGGCUGGCGGUGACACAUCGGCUCCCCCUGCGGGAGUGGUACGUGGACGCGACGAGCCAGUGGACGCUGGACUACCCGCCGCUGUUCGCAUGGUUCGAGUGGGCGCUGUCACAGGUGGUACCGGGCGCGGUGCGGCGGGACGGGUGCCUCGAGCUGGUAGCGGAGGGGCGCUACGGGUGGCCGACGGUGGUGUUCCAGCGGCUGACGGUGAUUGCGUCGGAGGUGCUGCUGUACGUGGUGCUGCAGGUGUACGUGAACCGCAGCGCGGCGCAGGAACGCACGGUGAACUUCGUGGUGGCGACGAGCGUGGCGCUGUCGCCUGCGUUUCUGCUGGUGGACCACAUCCACUUCCAGUACAAUGGGUUUCUGUUCGCAGUGCUGGUGGCGUCGAUCGUGGCGGCGCGGGAGCGGCGCUACGUGCUGUGCGGCGCGUUGUUCACGGUCGCGCUGUGCCUGAAGCACAUCUUCCUGUAUCUGGCGCCUGCGUACUUUGUGUUUCUGCUGCGGGCGUACGUGCUGGACCUGGGUGAGUUCCGGUUCCGGAGCUACCGGGACCUGGUGUUUGCGGUGCGGUGGGGCAACCUGUGCCGGCUGGGCGGCGUGGUGCUUGCGAUCAUGGCCGUGACGUUUGCACCGUUUGCGGGCGUGAUGCCGCAGCUGAUGGCGCGGCUGUUCCCGUUCUCGCGCGGUCUGACGCACGCGUACUGGGCGCCGAACUUCUGGGCGAUCUACUCGUUUGUAGACAAGGUGCUGACCUUCCUGAUGCUGCGCGUGCCGUACGUGUACAAGCUGGCGACAAGCCUCGUGCAGCCACCGCUGAUCCCCGCGAGCAUCGACGAGAUCCGGGCGCGCAUGGCUGCGGGCAACCACGGCACGCGGGGGCUGGUACAAGACGUGUCGUUUGUGAUCCUCCCGCAGAUCCAGCCGAAGCUGACUUUCUUGCUCACGCUGUUCUACCAGGUUUUGGCAGUCCUGCCGGUCCUGUUUGACCCAUCAUUCAAGCGCUUCAUCGGGUCGCUGUCGCUUUGCGGCUUCUCAGCGUUCCUUUUCGGGUGGCAUGUGCACGAGAAGGCCAUCAUGCUAGUCAUUGUGCCGUUCUCGUUCCUCGUCUCGUUUGACCAGCGGCUAUUGACGCCGUUCCGCCUGCUCACGGCGUCGGGCUAUGUGUCCUUGUUCCCGCUGCUAUAUAGCUCUAGCAGCUUCGUGAUCAAGGUCCUGUACACACUGAUCUGGUGCAUCGUCUACCACAGCGCGCUCAAGCGGACGGUGCCCGCCUCCGCAAGCGUCCAGCGCCGCGUCUUCUUUUUCGAUAGACUGGCUGCUGUGUAUGUCAUGCUCCUGUUGCCCAUGGUUCUUGGCGUCAAGUAUCUGGAGCUUCUGGAGGGCAAGUUCGAGGCGCUAGAGAAGUACCAGUUUCUGGGGCUAAUGUGCUAUAGUAUAUAUUGUGCCAUUGGGGUGUGCACCUCGUGGAUGGGACUUUCCUGGCUCUACAAUUUUGAUGAGCCGCUCUGGGUUUAG